AAAUGGGCGUGGUUUUCUAUCCGCAUGCGUACUGAGAACCCCGGCACAAGCGGACCGGGGAAGAAUGGCGGCGGUGAUGGUGAGACUGGGCCUGGUUUCCCGGGGCCUGAGGAAGGGCCUGAGCUCCAGCUUCACAACAGGACAGCAAGGGCUAGAGGACCCCUCCCUGGUUAUGCCCCCCUUCCGGAGCCGUAAAUACCAGCCACCUGACCAGUUGGAAGAGAGGGUGCGGGCGGCGGUGGAGCGGGUCACAGGCUCGCCCUCUGGCCCGGACUGGCGGGAGGCUCAUCUUGACGAGGGCCAGAGGUUCAGUCUCCUCCGCGAGUUGGCACAAGAGCUGAACCACGCAGUGCCCAACUCUCAGCUCCAUCAGACCAGGAGCCCUGGUGAGCUCCUGCGCUUUUACCAGCAACCAGUCGACGCAGACUCCUUCGCCUUCCAGGAGCUGGCUCACUCAAAGCUUCCCCCCAAUAUCCGUAUCAACUGGGCCUAUGAGGGGAAAGGAGGGGAAGGAAUGUACCCAGGCUGAGAGGAGGAGUGCAUGGAGUCUGUGUUCUGUGAAGAUGGCACUCAAUGUCCUUCCUUCCCUCAUGAGACAAGAAUGGACAUCUGUCAGACCCCAUUGCACUUGGAAGGGAUAGUUACAUGCCCUUAUUCUAUCUGUGGACCCUAAAGUAUUGAAUAAAUUUCUUUCUAAAUA